CAGACUCUAGUCGCUCUCUCUUGUGUCUGCCGUUCCUUUACAGAUGUGGCUUUAGAUGUGCUAUGGGCUGAGCUGGAGGAUUUGGAACCACUUUUCACUUGUCUUCCACGAGAUUUAUGGACCAUGACUAGUGAUAGGAAGCUUCUCAUACGGAGACCUGUGACCACUACAGAUUGGUCUGUAUUCAAGCGAUACGCAUCUCGGGUACGGGUUCUGGGAAGGACACAUUUAAACCCCUUCGGAGGUGUAGAUGCAGAAUUCAUCUAUGCUGUGACGAGUUUUUCUUCACAGUCGUUGUUGGUGCCCAACCUUCGAAUACUCGACUGCAGAAUAUGCCCACGUGAUCUUCAUCCAUGCAUGCGUUACCUGCUGAGCCCCACUGAGCCCCAACCUCCACAACUGCAAGUCAUCGGGCUACAUGUCACAUCUCCUCAGGUCAUGGAGCUAGCUCUAUGUGGGCUCCCGCACCUGCGGGAGGUAUCACUUACUACUACAAUGCUCAGUAGCGAAACCUUGUCCCACCUAUCUCGUCUCACUGGCCUUCAAAAAUUGGAUAUCUGUGUAACGGGACGUUCCAGAGGCGUCCAGUCUCAAUUUUGUACCUCCAGCCUGGACAUACUAGCCAUCAACUCGUCGACUUUGACCUUCAGCGGACAUAUGGUAAAAGGAUGGGUUGUUCCAUGCAGGGACCUGACACUGGAAUUCAGCAUUGCUGAAACCGCGCUUGCUGUUGAACGCGCCCUACACACGCUGCACAAUCGUCUGUUUUGUGAUACUCUGGAGCGUAUCCUAGUAUAUGGCCACACGGAUAACCAUGUCAACGAUGUCGAUUAUGCAUUUAACCUUCGCACGUUUACUCCUCUCAUGCACUUCUCCUGCCUGAAAACGGUUGAUCUUCCAUCUUUUUGUAUGUCAUUGCUCGAUGAUGAUGCGCUCAGCUCCAUCGUCAAGUCCUGGCCACACCUCGAGUACCUUGAUCUCGGAACCACUUAUGUCUCGCAGAUACCACCCAAAAUCACUUUUCAGGGCAUUGUGACCGUAGUGUCAUCUUGCCCACAUCUCAGGAACCUCGCUUUGGUAUUUGAUGCUACGAAGGUAGAUCCGCCUACGGCUGAGAAUCCAGGGGGUGGGGUUUGCAACACAUAUAUCACCACAUUUGACGCCGGGUGGUCCCCAAUCGAGCAACCACUGCAAGUCGCGGUCGCGCUUUCGGCGAUCUUGCCGUGCUUGAGAAACAUCGAUGUUGAGUUGGACUUCAAUGAUGAGCUCAGCUCUGAGGAUGGGUCCGACGGCGAGCUCGAGGAAGGGGUUUCAGACCGGAAAGCGCGAAAGACCAAGUGGAAAGAGGUAUCAGGGUACAUAGGUGUUCUCACAUUGGUCAGGCAACAGGGGGGUUCGCACGUUUAA